GGACAAUAAUACGAUAAUAUCUAUUUUCUAACACCCUGCCCCGUUUAUAGGUCAAACACAUGCUUUGUUUUCUUCUUCUUCUUCUUCUUCUUCACCAAUCAUUAACACGAGUGCCAUUAUUAUGAACGUUGUUGUUAAUAAGCCCAUUCCUACCAUUGCUCUUCACCUCCAAUUCUAAACACAACACAACUCAUGGCUUCUCCUUCUCCCUUCUCUCUCUUCGUAUCGUUAUUAUUCUUCUGCUUCGUCUCUCUUUCUCUCUCAUCAUCAGACGUUCCACGAACCUACAUCGUCCACGUUGCCAAAUCAGAGAAGCCCUCCCUCUUCUCCGCGCAUCACCACUGGUACUCCUCUCUACUCCGCUCCCUCCCUCCCUCCGCCCACACCGCCACCAUCAUCUACACCUAUUCCGCCGCCACCACCGGCUUCUCCGCCCGCAUCACCGCCGACCAAGCCUCCCAUCUCCGCCGCCUCCCCGCCGUCCUAUCCGUUGAGCCCGACGAAAUCCGCCAGCUCCACACCACCCACACCCCUCGCUUCCUCGGCCUCGUCGACACCUUCGGCCUCUGGCCCAACUCUGACUACGCCGACGAUGUCAUCGUCGCCAUGCUCGAUACCGGAAUCUGGCCGGAGCUUCGAAGCUUCUCCGACGCGGGCCUCUCCCCCGUCCCAUCUUCCUGGAAAGGUUCCUGCGAAGUCUCACGUGACUUCCCUGAGAACACGUGCAACAGAAAGAUCAUCGGUGCCAAAGCGUUUUUCAAGGGCUACGAGUCUUAUCUGGAACGAGCCAUUGACGAGUCCGUUGAGUCAAAGUCUCCAAGAGACACUGAAGGCCAUGGAACGCACACUGCUUCCACUGCUGCAGGUUCUGCUGUUGCAAACGCGAGUUUGUUUCACUAUGCUCAGGGUGAAGCUAGGGGAAUGGCCGCAAAAGCUAGAAUCGCUGCUUACAAGAUCUGUUGGCAACUGGGUUGUUUCGAUUCUGAUAUUCUUGCCGCCAUGGAUGAAGCCGUUGCUGAUGGGGCUCACGUGAUUUCGCUUUCUGUUGGUUCAAGUGGGUAUGCUCCUCAGUAUUACCGUGAUUCCAUUGCUGUUGGAGCUUUUGGUGCGGUUCAGCAUGGUGUUCUUGUGUCUUGUUCUGCGGGGAAUUCAGGGCCUGGUCCUUUCACUGCCGUGAAUAUUGCUCCUUGGAUUUUGACUGUGGGGGCUUCUACUAUUGAUAGGGAGUUUCCUGCUGAUGUGGUUCUUGGCGAUGGAAGGGUUUUUGGUGGGGUGAGUUUGUAUUAUGGCGAGGGUCUGCCUGAUUUUAAGCUUCGUUUGGUUUAUGCUGCGGAUUGUGGUAGCAGGUACUGCUACAUGGGGUCUUUGGAACCUUCUAAAGUGCAAGGCAAAAUUGUGGUUUGUGAUAGGGGAGGGAAUGCUAGGGUUGAGAAGGGGAGUGCAGUGAAGCUUGCUGGUGGGUUGGGAAUGAUUUUGACAAAUACUGAAGCCAAUGGUGAAGAGCUUCUUGCGGAUGCACAUCUUCUUGCAGCUACUAUGGUGGGUCAAAGAGCUGGUGACAAGAUCAAGGAGUAUAUAAGGUUGAGUCAGUAUCCAACAGCAACCAUUGAGUUCAGAGGGACUGUGAUUGGGACUUCACCUUCUGCUCCUCAAGUUGCCUCCUUUUCUAGCCGUGGACCGAAUUAUCGUACUUCACAGAUUCUUAAGCCUGAUGUUAUAGCUCCUGGUGUUAACAUUUUGGCAGGGUGGACUGGAAGGGUGGGACCUACGGAUUUGGACAUUGAUCCUAGGAGGGUUGAGUUUAACAUAAUUUCUGGCACCUCUAUGUCCUGUCCUCAUGCUAGUGGCAUUGCAGCAUUGCUUAGGAAGGCUUAUCCUAGUUGGUCACCUGCUGCUAUUAAAUCUGCUCUGAUGACAACUGCUUAUAAUGUGGAUAAUUCUGGGAGUAAUAUUAAGGAUCUUGGAACUGGGAAGGAAUCAAACCCCUUCAUUCAUGGGGCUGGACAUGUUGAUCCCAAUAGGGCUCUUAAUCCUGGCUUGGUUUAUGAUUUGAAUACCAAUGACUAUUUGGCGUUCCUUUGCUCAAUUGGGUAUGAUACUACUCGAAUUGCGGUUUUCACUAGACAGCCUGCUAGUGCUGACAUUUGUGAAACAAAAGUGGCUAGGACUGGGAGGUUUACUAGCCCGGGUGAUUUGAAUUACCCUUCUUUCGCUGUGGAAUUUGGUGAUUACAGUGAUUUGGUUAAGUAUAAAAGGGUUGUUACUAAUGUGGGAAAGUCAGUUGAUGCUGUUUACAAUGUCAAAGUGAAUACUCCUCCUGGUGUUGAUGUUAAUGUGUCCCCAAGCACGCUUGUGUUCAGGGCUGAAAACAAGACACAGGCCUUUGAGGUCACGUUCACUAGAGUUUCUUUUGUUAGUUAUGAGAGUUUUGGGUCCAUUGAGUGGACUGAUGGUAGCCACUAUGUGAGGAGUCCAAUUGCUGUUAGAUGGAGCGAGGGAUUCUCAUCAUCCAUUUGAAUUGAAAUCGAUUGUUGCUGUGGAACACAUCAUUCACAGGUUAUGGAUUUGGUCUCUUUGUAAUUUUUCUGUUAGCUUAGUGGACAAACUUCAAAAUACUUAUUCGGUAUGCUGUUUCAUUCAAGUGUACUUUUAACAUCUCUGGCUUCUAAUAAUUGAUGAGGCUGAAAUAGAAUCUGUGACAGUAGAUGUGAUUUGUACGAUCCAUUUAUAUUACUGUGGUUUUGCAUAUUUAUACAGUUGAGGUUGAAACACUUGCCCCAUCUGAAUAGGCAAUUUGUCUUAAGCUACAAUUUCAGCCUAUUAUUUUAUGUUUAUUGAGGAAACUAUGUACAAACUGUAGUAAUAGUGAUGGUUAUUCAGUGGCUUUGAUGGAAUCAUGAGUGUAUUUGGAUCUAAGUUUGAACACUUGUUUUAGGGCCUUGUCAUGCGAAAAAAGAUUGUGCAUGUGACUUAUGAAAUGACAUACUUAAAAAAAGGAGCAAGAUAAUUUUACCAAUUGUCCAAGGUGAUAUUUGAAUUCAAGUAAACACUUAAAUUUAAUAUCCGAAGUCGUGAGUAUUACUCACUUUUAUAUCUGAUUUUAUAAAAUCCUUACUUUUA